AUGUGGAUCUUUGGAAGAAAAGGUGCUUCGGGAUUUUCAGCAACUUCAACAGCAGAGGAAGUUACGGAAGGGAUCCAUGGAUCUGGUCUUACCGCCAUUGUUACUGGAGCUACAAGUGGUAUCGGGUCCGAGACAACACGAGUCCUUGCAUUGCGCGGUGUACAUGUCAUUAUGGCAGUAAGAAAUAUACAAAAAGCGAUACAAGUUAAAGAAACUAUACUUAAAGACACGCCAGAUGCCAAAGUCGACGUAAUGGAGUUAGAUCUAAGCUCUAUGGCAUCCAUAAGGAAUUUUGCAGCCAAAUAUCGGUCAUUGGGCCUUCCCCUUCACAUUCUGAUUAAUAAUGCAGGUGUUUUGUCUCCACAAUUCAAGCUUUCGAAGGAUAAUAUCGAACUACAUUUUGCGACUAAUCAUUUAGGUCAUUUUCUUUUGACGAAUCUGUUGUUAGAGACAAUGAAGACAACUUCAUAUGAACAAAACACAGAAGGACGAAUAAUUAACGUAUCAUCUGAAGGACAUCGUUUUGCAUACAGUGGACAUUUAUCUGAUUACAUGAACAAUGAAUUAAGUUAUAGUUCCAUAUAUGCUUAUGGACUAUCAAAACUGGCUAAUAUACUUCAUGCUAACGAGCUAGCAAGACUUUUGAAGGAGGACGGGGUUAACAUCACUGCAAAUUCAUUACAUCCUGGAUUCAUCGACACCGAGCUUUUUCGUGGCCACAAUAUUUUCUCCAGUAUGUAUUCGUAUGCGGUUGUUUGGUUAAUUACUCCCGGUGUUUUCGAUCAGGGUGCCGCAACGACAUGCUAUCUAGCUUUAAACCCACAGGUGAAAGGCGUCACAGGUGAGUAUUUUGUUGAUAGUAACUUCGCAAAGCCGUCAUUGAGAGCAAAAGAUCAAGAGUUAGCCAAGGAGUUGUGGGAGUUUAGUAUGGGCUUGACUAGCUCAAAGUGAGUAAAGAUUUAGUAUGUUGAUGUAUAUGGUGAAAUAAUAUAUCCUUG